CCACCAAGACUUCUUCAGAACCACCAUCACCAAUACCAACCCACCAUGCUGUGCAAAGCGCCCAACCUGCGCACUGCAGUCCUGGGCUGCAGGAUACAACCCACAAUCCUCACACCCUGCGCAUACCACACCACCGCGCCCAGCAGCUUUCGACCUACCCCCGACCCCUCGCGCACAAUCACACGCCGACGAGUCCCUCUCCCCAAACACAAUGUAGUAUUCCCAGCUACCUCAUCCAGCAUCCGCUGUGCCUCCUCCGUAUCCUCAGCCCAGGGGUCUUCGCCAUCCAGCGCCCAGAGCACAAGUAGCAACAAGAAACCGACCGAGAUCCUCGACUGGAACACUUUCUUCCGCCUCCGACGCCGACGGCGCUUCUACCAGUUGGGAUCCUCAAUCACGACUUCGGCGAUGGGGUUCGUGUCCGGGGCGGCGCUGGUCAGCUCCGCGAACAUGGACGCGCUGGUCUCGCAAUUGCCGCUGGAUCCCUUCAUCUCUCUGGGACUGGUGACAUUUACAUGUGCUGGGGCGGGAUGGCUGGUGGGACCCAUUCUCGGGACGGGGGUUUUCAACUUGCAGAAUAGGAGGUUUAGAACACAGAUGGAUGAGAAGGAGAAGGAGUUUUAUAGAAGAGUGAAGAAGUUUAGGGUCGACCCCAGUGCGAGCAGUAUGGCGAAUCCGGUGCCUGAUUAUUACGGAGAGAAGAUCGCCAGUGUGGCUGGUUACCGGCAAUGGUUGAAGGACCAGAGGGCUUUCAACAAGAAGCGACAGACUUACCUCUGAUCCCUUCCCUACUCGAUGGUGGGAUAGUUGUGGAAUUUAGCAUUGGAUGGUUGAAUAUUCGGGGC